AUGGAUAUUCAGUUAAAAGAUUUUAAAGAAGAACCUUUAAAUGAAAGUAAUCAUAUUAAUGUAGAAAGAGGAUUGGAUGAUUUCAAUAAAGUUGCAGAAGAAUUAGAACAAGAUUAUAAAGAAUCAGUAGCAAAAGAUGUAGAGUCCCUCUCAGAAGAAGAUUUUAAAUUAAGAAAUUACUUUGAAACAUCACAAAGAAUGUCUUUGGAAAAUGGCGGUAGACCAAAAAAGAUGGGUGUAGUCUUCAAGAAUUUAACUGUUGUCGGAAAAGGUGCAGAUUUAUCAACCAUUUCUGAUUUAUCAACACCUUUUAGAUCAUUAGUUGAGUUGUUUAAAUUUAAAUGGAUUAAAAGAGAAAAUACUUCAUCAACAUUUGAUAUUUUACACAAGGUUACUGGUUAUUGUAAAGAUGGUGAAAUGCUAUUAGUUCUUGGUAGACCUGGCUCUGGUUGUUCAACUUUACUACGUGUUUUAAGUAAUCGUCGUAAUUCCUAUAUUGAUGUUCUCGGGGAUGUAACAUAUGGUGGACUUUCACAUAAAGAGUGGGAAAAGUUUAAAGGAGAAUCAAUUUAUAUUCCAGAAGAAGAUUGUCAUUCACCAACCCUCACAGUCAGAGAAACUUUAGAUUUCGCUUUAAAAUGUAAAACUCCACAUAAUCGUCUUCCAGAUGAAAAGAAACGUACUUUUAGAACUAAAAUUUUUGAUUUAUUAGUAAAUAUGUUUGGUAUUACAAAGCAAUCAGAUACAGUUGUUGGUGAUGAAUUUUUAAGAGGUUUAUCUGGUGGUGAAAAGAAAAGAUUAACCAUUGCCGAAUCUAUGGUUGCAUCCUCAUCAAUUAAUUGUUAUGAUUGCUCCACCAGAGGUUUAGAUGCUGCUUCAGCUUUAGAUUAUGCAAAAUCAAUUCGUAUUAUGUCAGAUACUUUACACAAAACAACCAUUGCUUCAUUUUACCAAGCCUCAGAUUCAAUUUAUAAUCUUUUUGAUAAAGUUUUAAUUCUCGAAAAAGGUCGUUGUAUUUAUUUUGGUUCAACACAAGAUGCUAAACAAUAUUUCUUAGAUAUGGGUUUUGAUUGUGAACUACGUAAAUCAACUCCAGAUUUCUUAACUGGUAUUACAAAUCCACAAGAACGUAAAGUUAAAAAAGGUUUUGAAGGAAAUGUUCCAAUUACAUCAGAAGAUUUCGAGACUGCAUGGUUAAAAUCAGAACAAUAUCAAAACUCUAUUAAUGAAAUUAAUGAAUAUGAAAAGAAAGUAGAAAUAGAUCAACCAAAGAAUGAUUUUAUUCAAGAAGUUCAUCAACAAAAAAGUAAAAAUGUUAGUAAAAAAUCACAAUAUACAACAAGUUUUUUCACUCAAAUUAUUGCUCUUACAAUUCGUAAUUAUAAAUUAGUUUGGGGUGACAAGUUUGGUAUUAGUUUCCGUUAUUUUUCCGUAAUUGUUCAAUCACUUAUUUAUGGUAGUAUAUUUUUCCGUAUGACAAAAGACUCUAUGGAUGGAGCUUUUACUCGUGGUGGUGCUUUAUUUUGUUCAAUUCUUUUUAAUGCAUUCUUUUCAGAAGGUGAACUUCCAGUCGCAUAUGUUGGCCGUAGAAUUUUAGAAAAACAUAAAUCAUAUUCAAUGUAUAGACCAUCAGCACUUCAUUUGGCCCAAGUUUUAACAGAUAUACCAAUUAUUUUCAUUCAGGUAUUCGUCUACUCUUUCAUUAUCUACUUUAUGUAUGGUUUAGAGGCUGUAGCAUCAAAAUACUUUAUUUUUGUCUUCGCUUUAAUUGGUUUAUCACUUUGGACUCAAAAUUUAUAUAGAUGGUUUGGUGUUUUAACUCCUUCAAUUUAUAUUGCUCAAAAUGGUGUUAAUAUUUUAAUUGUUUCAUUAUUUACUUAUUCUGGAUAUCUUGUACCAUUAAGUAAAAUGCACCCUUGGUUUAAGUGGAUUUAUUGGGUUAAUCCAUUCGCAUAUUGCUUUAAUGCUUUAAUGCAAAAUGAAUUUAAAGGAAUGAAUUUCGAUUGUUCACAAAUGUCAAUUCCUUAUAGUACCGUUAAUGGUAGUACAACAUACAGUGAUGCAGCUUAUCGUGCAUGCCCAACUGCCGCAGCUUUACCAGGUGAAAUGAGUUUUUCAGGUGAAAGUUAUAUCGAUUACUCACUUAGUGUUAAAGCCAGUCUCUCACUUAAUGUUAUUGUUGUUUAUCUUUUCUGGUUAUUAUCAGUUUUCCUUAACUGUGUUGCAAUGGAAUAUAUCGAUUGGACAGGUGGUAACUUUACAUGCAAGGUUUAUAAAAAAGGUAAAGCACCAAAAUUAAAUGAUGCAGAGGAAGAAAAGAAACAAAUUCUUAUGGUCGAAAAUGCUACAAACAAUAUGAAAGAAUCUUUAAAGAUGCCAGGUGGCCUUUUUACAUGGCAAAACAUUAACUAUACAGUUCCAGUAUCAGGUGGUAAAAAACUAUUGUUAGAUGACGUUGAGGGUUGGAUCAAACCAGGCCAAAUGACUGCUCUUAUGGGAUCCUCAGGUGCUGGUAAAACAACUUUACUUGAUGUAUUGGCUAAAAGAAAAACUAUUGGUGAAAUUAAAGGUAAAUGCUUCCUCAAUGGCAAAUCUUUACAAAUAGAUUUCGAACGUAUUACUGGUUAUGUCGAACAAAUGGAUGUACAUAACCCUGGUUUAACAGUUCGUGAAUCACUUAGAUUCUCUGCCAAACUCCGUCAAGAACCAGAAAUUCCAUUACAAGAAAAAUAUGAUUAUGUUGAAAAGGUUUUAGAAAUGAUGGAAAUGAAACACUUGGGUGACGCUUUAAUUGGUAAUUUAGAUACUGGUAUUGGUAUUUCAGUAGAAGAAAGAAAACGUUUAACUAUUGGCGUUGAAUUAGUCGCAAAACCUCAUAUUCUCUUUUUAGAUGAACCAACAUCUGGCUUAGAUGCUCAAUCAUCGUACAACAUUGUUAAAUUUAUCCGUAAACUUGCAGAUGCUGGCAUGCCAUUGGUAUGUACAAUCCAUCAACCAUCAAGUGUAUUAUUCGAACAUUUUGAUCGUAUUUUACUUUUAGCUAAAGGUGGUAAGACUGUUUACUUUGGUGAUAUUGGUGAGAAAUCAAAAACUCUUACAUCAUAUUUCGAACGUCAUGGUGUUAGACCAUGCAAUGAAAUUGAAAACCCAGCAGAAUAUAUUUUAGAGGCUACUGGAGCAGGUGUUUAUGGAAAAACUGAUGUUGACUGGCCAGCUGCUUGGAAAAACUCACCAGAGUAUAAAGCUGUUGAAGAUGAGCUUGGUGCAUUAGAAGCCGCAGGUCCAAUUCCAGGCAUGGAUAAUGGUUCCCCAAGAGAGUUUGCAACAUCUAUUUGGUAUCAAAGCUGGGAAGUUUACAAACGUCUUAAUUUAAUUUGGUAUAGAGAUCCAUUUUAUACAUUUGGUACUUUUGUUCAAAUUGCAAUUACUGGUCUUAUUAUUGGUUUCACUUUUUAUAAUCUUAAAAACUCCUCAACUGAUAUGAAUCAACGUAUUUUCUAUAUCUUUGAAGCUUUAUUAAUUGGUGUCCUUAUGAUGUUUUUAGUUUUACCACAAUUCCUUUCUCAGAGAGAUUACUUUAGAAGAGACUAUGCAAGUAAAUUUUAUUCAUGGUUACCAUUUGCCAUUGGUAUUUCAACAGUUGAAUUACCAUAUGCAGUUAUUUCAGCCACCAUUUUCUACAUCACAUCUUACUUUACAGCAGGUUUACAGCAUGAUGGUAAUACAAAUUUCUAUUUUUGGUUCUUAUAUGUAGUCUUUAUUUUCUUCUGCAUUAGUAUGGGUCAAGCAAUUGGCGCUGUUUGUCAAAAUAUUUAUUUAUCAUAUGUUAUUUCACCACUUUUCCUUGUGUUCCUCUUCUUGCUUUGUGGUGUAAUGGUACCACCAAGUGAUAUUCCUACUUUUUGGAAAUGGGUAUAUGAUCUCAAUCCAUGCACUCAUUUCCUUAUAGGUAUCAUUACAAAUGUCUUAAAGAAUGUUGAUGUUAGAUGUGCCCAAGAUGACUUUGUAAAAUUCAUUAAGGAUCCUGUAUUUGCAACCUGCGAAGAAUAUGGUUACGAAUUUAUCAAUGUAACUAAAGCUGAUGGAUAUGUUGAAACUCUCGAGAAUGGUGACUGUGGUUAUUGCACCUUUAAGGCUGGUUCUGAAUAUUAUGAAAGUCGUGGUUGGGAUUAUGAUCAUAGAUGGAGAUCAUUUGGUAUUGUCACAGGUUAUUGGAUUUUUAACAGUCUUUUAGUUGUUGUUUUUGUUUAUCUUACAAGAAAAGGAAGCAGAUAA